CUCUCUCUCUCACUCUCUGUAGCCCUAAAACUACCGCUCUCCCCGCCAUUCUCUCCUCACUCCCUCUUCUUGCAGUCCUCCCAUGGCGAAAGCAUCGGAGAAGCCUCCUCACGAGAACGCAGCUCAGCCAAAGGAUGAUGAAGAACUGAAAGAAGACCAGACCUUCGAAGACCUUGGUCUGGAUCCUCGUUUGAUUCGUGCCCUAACCAAGAAAUCCAUUCACGUUCCCACUCCUAUCCAGCGCGUCGCUAUUCCUCUAAUCCUUGAAGGCAAGGAUGUGGUUGCCCGGGCGAAGACCGGUUCCGGGAAGACAUACGCUUACGCCCUUCCGUUGCUUCAGAAGUUGUUCUCUGAUUCUGGUUUGAGCAUGAAGCUUGCUCCCACUGCCAUCAUUCUCGUCCCCACGCGAGAAUUAUGUCAACAGGUUUAUGCGGAGGUUGUGUCGCUGAUCGAGUUAUGUAGAGUGCAAUUGAAAGUAGUACAGCUGACUAGCACCAUGUCCGGUUCUGACUUGAGAACUGCUUUGGCUGGACCUCCUGAUAUUCUGGUUUCUACACCAGCUUGCAUACAAACAUGCUUUUCGAAAGGCGUACUCCAUCCUACAUCUGUUCAAGAUUCGCUUUCAAUGCUUGUUCUCGAUGAGGCAGACCUCCUUCUAUCAUAUGGGUAUGAAGAUGACCUCAGAGCUCUUACGGCUCAUAUUCCUAGGCGUUGUCAAUGUCUUCUCAUGUCUGCUACCUCAAGUGCUGAUGUUGAGAAACUCAAAAAGCUUAUCCUGCACAAUCCCUAUAUCUUAACAUUGCCAGAAGUGGGAGAUUCUAAAGAUGAAAUAGUUCCUAAAAAUGUUCAGCAGUUUUGGAUUUCAUGCAGUUCUCAAGAUAAGCUUGUCUACAUCCUUGCCCUCUUGAAGUUGGAGCUGGUCCAGAAAAGAGUGCUGAUAUUUACUAACACAAUUGAUAUGAGUUUCAGAAUGAAACUCUUCUUGGAACAGUUUGGAAUAAAAUCUGCUGUUUUAAAUGCUGAGUUACCACAGAAUUCACGUCUACAUAUCCUUGAGGAAUUCAAUGCUGGACUUUUUGACUAUUUGAUAGCAACUGAUAACAGCCAAGAAAAAGGGAAGGAACAAGCUGAAGAUGAGAGCCAUGUUGAGAGAAAAAGAUCUAAGAAGCGUGCCAAGCAGAAAUUGGACUCUGAGUUUGGUGUGGUGAGAGGAAUUGAUUUCAAGAAUGUGCACACGGUUAUAAAUUUUGAUAUGCCUCAAAAUGCUGCUGGAUAUGUUCACCGAAUUGGACGUACUGGAAGAGCCUAUAAUACUGGUGCAUCUGUCUCCCUAGUUUCUUCAGAUGAGAUGGAAAUAUUUGAAGAAAUUAAAUCUGUUUUAGGAGAAGAUGAAGAAAAGGACUCAAAUUUUAUUGCACCAUUUCCUUUGCUUACUAAAAAUGCAGUGGAGUCUUUGCGAUAUAGAGCUGAGGAUGUUGCAAGGAGUGUGACAAAAAUUGCUGUGAGAGAAUCACGGGCUCAGGAUCUGAGAAAUGAAAUUCUUAAUUCUGAAAAGUUGAAAGCUCAUUUUCAGGAUAAUCCAAGGGACUUGGAUCUUCUGAAACAUGACAAGAUCCUAAGCAAGAAGGAUCCCGCUCCUCACCUACGUGAUGUUCCCGAGUACCUCUUGGACCCAACUACGCAGGAAGCAAGCAAGAUUGUUAAACUUGCUAGGGCUGCCAUGGGAAAAGACAUCUCUGCUCAUCACAGGGGAUUGAAGGGGAAAUUCAGAAAAAGUAAAGAUCCUCUCAAAGCCUUCUCUUCUGAGGGACGGAGAAGAGCAUUCAAAGGCGGAAAAAGGGAGGGAAAGGGGAAUGAUGAUAACAGUAGAAACAAAAGGAAAAAGUCUGCAUGAUAUGUUGUCCUGUUUAUUCAUUGAUAUUCUCGUCAAUAAAUUAAUCUCAAUUUUGUAGCAACUAGUAUCUAAUAGGAAUCAGUGUUUGAUUCUGGCGAAUACAUGUUCCCUUGUGAAGGAGAAACGUAGGAAUGUUGUGUAGUUUGGGGUCCUGGGCCCCCCAAUUUUGGCUGGAGUUCUCUUUCAUGCCUAUAGGGUAGUUUUGCAUUAGAGGAAACUUGUAGGCCCAAAACCUCGUGGGUAGGUAAUGUCUUGGGAAAAUUUGAAAGUUGUUGAAUGGGUAAGAUCGAUUUGUUCUUCCCUGUGGUUGCAUGGGCACCAUCCUGGUAAUUCAGUUUUACGGCUGUUCAUUGUAUAAUGGACUUAAUAUUGAGGUGAUUAUGUUGU